AUGGCCCAAGAUCUUGUUAGAGUCGCCAGCCUGAUUGAAGGCGUUGAGAUGCACGUACGCUCAAGUAACGACAACGGUCCCGUCAGGCGCAACGUCGACAAUCUUGGCCUGGACCAGUCCCUCAUGGACCUCGAAAACGGCGUCGUAGGCUGGGAGGGCGAGGACGACCCCAAGUAUCCCCCAAACUUUACUCCUACUCGCAAGUGGCUCAUCACCGCCCUCCUCUCUACUCUGGCCUUCAUGACGCCGUUUGCGUCGUCCAUCAUAGCACCCGCCAUCGGGUACAUUGCCGACGACUUUGGCGUCCCUGAUAUUACAAAGAGCGCCAUGCCCGUGAGCAUCUUUCUCCUUGGGUACGCCGUCGGGCCUCUCUUUCUAUCACCCCUGUCGGAGAUCUACGGCCGUAGAAUUGUCAUGAUGGCCUCUAAUCUCGUCUUUUGCCUCUUCCUUGUUGCCUGCGCGCUGUCCCCCUCGAUUGACCUCCUCAUAUUCUUCCGCUUCAUGUGUGGAGUUGGAGGAUCUGCCUCACAGACCGUCGGAGGAGCCGUCAUCGCCGAUUUAUUCGCCGUUGCUGAGCGUGGAAACGCUAUGACUAUAUGGAUCCUAGGUCCGAUCCUAGGACCCUCGUUGGCGCCGCUAAUCGGCGGUUUCGUGGCUGAGUCGAUCGGUUGGCGAUGGGCUAAUUGGAUUACACUCAUUCCUGCUUCCGUGCUUCUGGUCGCCAUGGUGUUUGUGUAUCCCGAAACUCACCACGAGGUACUUAUUCAGCAGAAGACGAGGAGAUUGGCCAAGGCCCUCGAUCGGCCGGACCUGUGUAGCUGUUACGCAGAUGCGGCAGAAAAGGCUGCCAGCAGCACCGACAUCAUCCUGUCUGGGCUUGUUCGACCGCUCAAGUUGCUGUUCAGCUCGACAAUCAUCUUUGGAGUGUCCCUAUAUGUGGCUUUUGGCUACGGAUGCCUCUACCUGCUGUUCAAUACAAUCCCUAUUGUUUUCCGCGGCAGUUACAAUUGGUCAGCAGGCAUCUCGGGCAUCGUCUACCUGGCACUUCUUUUCGGAUACCUCAUAGGCCUUUUAGCCUUCUCCCUCCUUUCGGAUAAGACGGUCCAUCAUAUGACUACUGCAAACGGGGGCGUUUACGAGGCCGAGAUGCGGCUUCCUUUCUGCAUUUACUUUGCCGCUCUUCUUCCAAUCUCGUUCUUCUGGUACGGCUGGAGUAGCGACCAAGCUGUCCACUGGGCUGUGCCAAUUCUAGGACUGGCUCUCUUUGGGAUAGGCUUCGAGGGCAUCUGGCUACCUACUCAGCUCUACAUUGUUGAUGGGUACUCUCGCUAUGCCGCUAGUGCCCUUGCUGCCUUUUCUGUGAUGAGGAGUAUACUUGCCGCAUUCCUCCCUCUGGCUGGGCCGGCAAUGUAUGAGAGGCUGGGUGUUGGCUGGGGCAACUCCGUCUUGGGUUUCAUCUCUUUAGCCAUGGUUCCUAUCCCGGCGCUGAUAUACAAAUUUGGAGGGAGGAUGAGAAAGAAUGAGAAGCUCAGGCUUUGA